AUGAAGGCCGAGGGCAAGGCGAACGGGCAGCUCAUGUUUCCCGGGCAGUUGCCAUCCACGUGCGGCGGCGUCCACCCGGCGACAUCGUCCAGCUUCCAGCCGUGGUUGGAGGCCACGCCCCCGCAGCCGGUGGUCCUCCACGCGCAGGUGCCGUGCGCGGCCCUGGCCGGCGUCCAAGUGACGCUGGAGAACCGCGACCUCUGGAGCAAGUUCUACGCCAUCGGCAACGAGAUGAUCAUCACCAGGCCCGGCAGGCGCAUGUUCCCGGUGAUGCAAGUGAGCGUGAGCGGCAUGGAGCACAGCUGCUACUACAUGCUGCUGCUGGACCUGGUGCCGACGGACAACUUCCGCUACCGCUUCCUGGGCAACUGCUGGCUCCCCGUCGAGGCGGCCAACGACUGCUCGCCCGAGGACUGCGUGGGCGGCGAUGGCAGGCCGUUCCUGCACGAGAACGGGCCCUGCCUCGGCUCCCAGUGGAUGGCGAGGCCCGUCAACUUCGGCGCCGUCAAACUCACCAACCAGAAGAGCAACACUGCGCAGAAGGACAACAACAACAACAACAACAACAACUACCGUACUCGUUCGUUGCAGAUGAUGCUGCAGUCGAUGCGCAAGUACGUGCCGCGGGUGCACGUUUUCGCCGGCAGUGACGUGCAGCAGCUCGACUACCGGCGCUUCAAGACGUUCGUGUUCCCGGAGACCGGGUUCAUCUCGGUCACCUCCUACCAGAACGAGCAGAUAAUUGCGCUGAAAAUACAGAACAAUCCGUACGCUAGAUCGUUCUGCAGCAACACUGACAGGAGAAAUGCUCUCAAGCGUUUGAUGGCGGAAGAAUCAGCGUCCGACGAAGACACGAACGGUCACAACAGCGCAGCGCGACAGUCGUCCACGACCGAAAGCCCCGAAACAUAUAACAACUCGCCCACGACGUGUAGCACUGCGACGUCAUUUCACCAGCGCUUGACGAGCAUGGGCCCGUCACUGAGCGGAUACGACGUGAAUACGGCUCCGUCUUUGCCGCCAACGUACGCUCCGUACACCUGCUCGACGCCGUCUCAGUCCCUCUUCGGUUUGCGCGGUGCCUACUCGACCGGUCUGGACUGGUACUCGCCGCUGUACAACCUAGCUCAACAGCUGUACUACCCUUCCGCACCUCCUUCGGCGACGGCUGGAUCGUGCCGUCCGUACGUCCCUUCGCCGUACCUGAACGCGUCUACGGCACCUGUGAUGUCACCGUUCUUUCUACCGGGACUCGUCGGCGGUGGCCAAAGCACCAAUUCCGCAUCCAUGCCUGUGCCUUCAAUCCUGCCGACGUCGUCUGCUACACCGAUGCCGCGCACUGUACCGGCGUCGUCUGCUGCCUCGUCGUCGUCUGCUCAGUCGAGGCCGUCUGCGACGCCGGUGACUUCGACGUCGUCGCUGGCAACAGUGUCGUCUGCGACUGCGGUGUUUUCCGCCUCGCCACUGUCAUUCAGUACCACGUCAGCGUCUCAGCAUGCCAAAAUUAAUUCGACACUGUGAGCGCGUUCGCUUUUUGCAGUGAAGACGCUGCCAUCGUGUUUGAGUCAUAAGAAACCAUGCGAGCAGUAUAGAAGAGAGUGCUUGUAAUUGACGCAUGCGCUACACGCCACAUGUGCCUUGUUGCCACAUACCUUGAGAGCCAAUGUCUUAUUUUAACCGUCGCAGAGUAUUUACCAACGCACCGCGGACACACCUUCUCAAUCGAUGCUAUGAAUUAAGUUCCCUUUUCGGUGUCCGCGUCUAAAGCCCCGAUAUGAUAUGCAAACAUCGUAUCUCCAUGUGCCGCUCUUUUGACGUUUUUGUGACGCGUUAUCGCUUUGGCGUUUUCAAACGCGUUUCAAAAGCCUUGAAGCGGAUUUUCUUGUUUGAGCAACUAGUACUGCGAAUGCCAAUGUCGAGAGAUAAACGAGAAGAAAGGGGGCUAA